AUGUUAGCCAUACAAUCCAUCAUUGCCAUUUUCUUCUCCCUCGCUCUAAGGGGUAUGGCCAAAUCUGUUGAUCCUCAACCCAACUACCCGGAACCGGAAUUCGUCCUUCGACCAGAUGAUGUAUCAAUGCAUGACUUCGAGAAACAAUUCCUCGUUCUCUGUCCUAAAUAUUACGGCGAGUCCGAAGCUACCGACAGACCGAUCUUCAUCUUCCAGACUUUCCAAGAGAGGUUCGAUAAAGAUGUUUGGCAUGGGCACAAAGCCGCUGUCCAAUGUAUCUACCAAGUUCCCACUGGGGAGUAUUGGAAUAUCGGUGCAUCGGUAGCAACUGAUCUUGGAGGCAGUGCCCUUGCUACCCUCUAUGCUGAUGCUGAGUAA